AUGUCCGUCGCAACCUCGAUACCCGAUACUUCUCUAGGCCUCACUUCUUCUGAAAUCCAAAUUCUGCGGCAACAACAACAGAUUGCGUUGCAAGGAGGAGGAGGCCAUGUCGGUACCGUCUCGAGAGGUCGUGGCUCCGGGCGGAAUAGCAAUUCCAGUUCGCGCGCUACGAGUGCUGCUAGCAGUCAGGGCCGGCUCCUGCUUGAUCCUAUGAGCUUGAGGGCGCUGUCGCAUCAGUUGGAAUAUCUGCAAGAGCAGAUUCAUCAUCGCAUUGAACAUUUAGAAGAUCAAAUGCAAGCAUCGAUACAAAACAGUCGUGACCGCGCCGGUAACGUCAUUCGCAACGCCGAUGCAGAGAUUGCACGCACCCGUGCCAUCCUCGCAGCAAUCGACGACUUGGAGAAUGAGCUCGCUAAGAUCGGCCAUAUCAGAGACAUUGUGAAAUCAUUUCGUGCUCGCAUUGAAAGUUAUGAUCACCGCCUUGAUCAAGCUGCACGUCGUCGAUGA